CUCGAAUCGCAAAACCACUCACUCACAUCUUUCAAUCUUUCACUCUCUGUAAUUUUGUUAAAGCCUCAAUUGAUCUGAUGUCGAAACCAUCCACACCACAGCCAUCAAACACUCUUCUACUUCGUAGGCAGCUCACUGAGCUCACGAAGCACCCGGUUGAGGGGUUCUCUGCAGGACUUGUCGAUGACAACAAUCUUUACGAAUGGGAGAUCAUGAUAAUCGGGCCUCCGGACACCCUGUAUGAAGGAGGGUUCUUCAAGGCUCGGCUUUCUUUUCCUUCAGAGUACCCUCUCCAACCGCCAAAGAUGCGGUUUAUCACGCCCAUGUGGCACCCAAACAUUUACGCCGACGGUGUAGUUUGCAUCUCUAUUUUGCAUGCUCCGGGUGACGAUCAGUACGGCUAUGAAGAUGCCGGUGAACGAUGGAUGCCUGUCCACACAGUGGAAACAAUUCUCGUGAGCGUCAUAUCGCUACUGUCCUCCGAGACCCCAAACACGGACAGCCCAGCUAACGUGGAUGCCGCCAAAGAAAUUCGCACGGACCAUGCUGCUUACAAGAAGAAAGUACGACGUCUGGUACGUAAGAGUGCAGAGGAGGCUUUUGAUUAAUUCAUCUCCAUCCUCCCUACAUUUUCACCCAUCUGUUAUACUCCUGUUUCGUAGUCUUUGUGUUACUAGUUGCUCCAUCGUAUAAGUACCUACGAGUUUAUUAAGACCUUGUCAAUACCUGAAACAGACACUUGGUCUGAUACCUGAUCACGUGA